AUGCCGAACCUGGACAGCAUCCUCUCCUUUCCCAGCAACGACGCUGGACCAUCUUCUGGCGGCGAAAGGACUCCGAUCCCACCACGAUCCUCUCACGUUCUCGUCUCAGACACGACCGACGCACCGGCUCUGUUCGUCUUGAUACACUUCUUGCGUGCUUCGCAUGCGGUCAACAAGCUUCAUAGAUCUACAGCAGCAUCAGAUAGAAAAGGCAAAGGGAGAGCACACACAAAGGUGAUCUGGCUGGGAUGCAAUUCUGAUGGGAUUGUACAUCUUAGCAACGUUGCUCGGAAGUCUGGCGUGCAUUUGGAUGAGGAGAUGCGAAAUGGUGCUUUCUGCUAUAUUGAUGCCAAUGAGGUAGCGAUUGGUGCUGCAGAUCAUGGCGUAGAGCAAAGGACGGCUGCGAUGAGCAUUCACCAGCAGGAGGAAGGAAAAUCUCGGGUUGAGCAGGCAUUGCAGGAGCUGUACGGAAGGGUCAGCCGUGAGCUCGCAGAAGCUGAUACAAAGGAUCGGCUCGGAGAGGCGAAGACACAUGACUGGGCUUCAAAGAGCGUCAUCAUGAUCGAUGACUUGACGGCGCUCGCCUGGGUUUUGGACCCAAUUGACUCGUUCGGCCAACCCGUCGACGUUUCCAAACAACUAAUCAACUGGGUGAUUGCUCUAGCCUCCCUCGCUGCAAGAAAGAACGCAAGUCUAGUAACACUGAUGCACGCGGACUCAACAUCUUGCAGCAAGGCCGGUGCAUCCGAUCCCACCGAUGAGUCCCUCCUCGCAUUCUUCCUCCAGAAGGCGGACGUAUGGAUCGAGGUGAAAGAGCUUGCAAGCGGAAGAGCAAGGGACUGCGAUGGAGAAAUCACCGUUCAUCCGCUCGUACGGCCUUCCCUUGCUCGCACGUUGCCUUCAUCUAAUCCAUCUUUCGCACCACAACAACAAGAUCAAGCAAGAGGAGUGCCACCACUUCAGGCUUUUGCAGUGGAGACACCAUGUCCGAGCCGGGCAAAGGCCGUGCUGUACCGUAUCGCUCCAGAUGGCCAGAGUGCAGCACUCGAUCGAGGCAACGUUGGCUCGAAUACUGGCAGGGUGCAGAUUUGGGCUCGUGGCACUGGUAGAGGGUUCUUGUAA